GGGAAAAAAGGACUCGCGGAAAAGCGAAGAACUGAAAAAUAAAAAAUGUGUAUUUGCAUUUGCAUUUAAUUUGGAUUCUUUUCUUUUUUUUCUCCUUUUCUCUCUGUUUCUCAAAUUUCAGUAUUUUUUUUGCUCCCCCAACUUUACCUUCACCACACUACUGUUUUUAUUUAUACCUUACACCUUGAAUUUGUUUUGUAACUUUGCUUAUUUACAAAAUGUCGUCGAGUGCUACUUCUCAGGAGGCUCUGGCUAGCAGUCUUCAACAAACUCUCAGCCCCAAUACACAGGAGCGCAAGCAAGCCGAGCAGUACCUGGGCUCCAUCGAAAAAGCGCCGCACUUUGUUGUCCCCCUGCUGCAGCUGGUCAAUGACUCAGGAACAAACGACAACAUUCGCUUUGCAGCGGCACUGUACUUUAAAAACUUUGUCAAGCGCUGCUGGCCGCAGAGCGAGGACACCGAGGACACCGAGGACACGCUGUUGGAAGAGGACCGCAGAGUAGUAAAGAGCGAGAUCGUGAACCUAAUGAUCACGGUGCCCAAGCGGCUGCAACUGCAGAUUGGCGAAGCCGUGUCAAUCAUCGCCGAGAGCGACUUCCCGGAGCAGUGGCCAGAGCUGAUUCUCACAUUGGUGUCCAAGCUGUCGGCAACAGACUACCACGUAAAUAAUGGCAUCCUGCAAACGGCCCACACCGUGUUCCGGGAGUGGCGGUCGGCAUUCCGCUCCGAUCGGCUGUACACAAAGAUCAACCUUGUGAUGGACCAGUUCAAAGACGCGUACCUGGAGGUGUUUGUGACAACAGACCGCCUGCUUGACGAGCACGCAAGCAACCCCGCGGCGCUGAAGGUGCUGCUGCACUCGCUAAUGCUUCUGUGCCAGAUCUACUACGACCUCAACUGCCAGGAUCUGCCGCCGUUCUUCGAGGACAACAUGGGCGAGUUUAUGCAGACGUUCCACAAGUACCUGGUGUACAAAAACCCACAUGCUGAGAGCGACGACGAUGCGCCCGGCGACCUGGAGGAGGUCAAAUCGAGCAUCUGCGAGAUCAUCAAUCUGUACGCCCUGCGCUACGAGGAGGAGUUCAAGCAGCUACCGCAGUUCGUCGAGACCGUGUGGAGCAUGCUGACGGUCGUCGGCAACGGGCCCAAGUACGACAACAUUGUCAGUACUGGUAUGUCCUUCCUGUGUACGGUGGUUCGCAACCCGCACCACCGCGAGCUAUUCUCGACCAGCGAGUCGUUGAAGCUGAUCUGCGAGCGCAUCAUCAUCCCCAACACAGCACUGCCUGAGGCCGACGAGGAGAUGUUCGAGGACGACCCGCUGCAGUUUGUGCGCCGCGAAGUUGAGAGCGACAGCGCCGGGACCCGCCGCGAGGCCGCCGCAGAGCUGGUCUCCGGCCUGCUGGAGCAGUUUGCAACUGAGACGACGCAGGUCAUGUCGCAGUAUAUCCAAAAGGGCCUUGCGCAGUACGCUGCCAACCCUACUGCGAACUGGCGCGACAAGGAUGUGGCGCUGUUCCUUGUAGCCUCUGUGGCUGUCGUUGCGUCCGUGCACUCACUCGGGGCCACGCGCGUCAACGAGCUGGUUGACGUGGCUGAAUUCUUCAGCACGCAGAUCAUCCAGCACCUGCAGAACGUGGGCUCUGACACCGGGUCGCCCAUCCUCAAGGCUGACGCGAUUAAGUACGUUGUCACGUUCCGCAGCCAGCUGCCGCGCGAGCUGCUGGUCCAGGCGCUCCCCCUGCUGGCCGCGCACCUGGCGCACCCCGACGCCGUGGUGGCCACGUACGCGGCCUUUGCCAUCGAGCGGCUGCUGGUGCAAAAGCGCGACAACACAAUGCUGUUCUCGCCCGCCGACGUGCAGCCACUGGCGCAGCCCAUGCUGGGCCACAUAUUUACUGCGCUGGACUCGGCUGACUCGCCGCAGAAGCUGGCCGAGAACGAGUACCUGAUGAAGACCGUCAUGCGCAUCGUGCUUGCCACACGCACCAACAUUCUGCCGCUGGCGCCGGCCGCGCUGGCCAAGCUGGCGGCCAUCCUGGCCGAGGUCUCAAAGAACCCGAGCAACCCGCGCUUCAACCACUUUAUGUUCGAGGCUAUUGGCGCGCUGGCCCGAUUCUCGUGCGCAGCCGAGGGUGCUGCGCUCGCGCAGUUUGAAGCCACGUUGUUCCCGAUAUUCCAGGGCAUCCUACAGGGGGACGUGGUCGAGUUCAUGCCGUACUUGUUCCAGAUCCUCGCGCAGCUGUUGUCCAUGCACCAGGGCGGCACGGAGCUGCCUGAGGCUUACGUCAGCCUACUGCCUCCGCUGCUGCAGCCCGCCCUAUGGUCCGCGCAGGGCAACAUCCCUGCCCUCGUGCGCCUGCUGCAGAGCUUCCUACAGGUCGGCGGUGCGCAGCUCGCGGCCAGCGGCCAACUGGAGCCAGUCCUGGGCGUCUUCCAGCGCUUAAUUGCGUCGCGCACCAAUGACCACCACGGGUUCAACCUGCUUUUGGCGAUCACGCAGUUCGCACCGCCUGCCGCACUGAAGCAGUACCUCAAGCCGAUCCUGACCCUGUGCUUGACGCGCCUGCAGGCGUCGCGCACAACAAAGUUUACGCGUAACUUUGUGCACUACGCGGCCUCGGUCAUGUGCAUUGGUGCGCAGAGCGGCGCCGGCGUGGAUGUUUUCUUCGAUGCCAUGGAUUCCAUCCAGCCGAAUCUGAUGGCCACACUGCUGAGCAAUGUGCUUCUGGAGGCCGUGCCCAAGGUUAUCGGCCGUGUCGAGCGCAAGACCACUGUUGUCGGCUUUGGGCUGAUGGUCGCUUCGCCACGCUUCCAGUCGGCACCCGCCUAUGUGCCACUGACCACUGCCGUGCUCGACCAGUUGGCUACCAUGCUGAUGGAUACUGCGGUCAAGGAGACAAAGUCGCAGGCUGAUGCCAGCGCCGCCCCUGCAUCUUCUGAGGACGCAGCUGCGGCGGCUGCUGCAUCGACUGUAGCCGCUGAUGAGGAUCUGGACUCGCUCGAGGUUGAGGCUUCAGAGUACCAGGCGUCGUAUGCCAAGCUGGCUACGCUGGGCGACAUCAAGAUUGACCCGUGCCCACAGAUUGUCAACCCAGCCGCGGUCUUGGCCAGAUCCUGCGCCCAGUCCAAGCCCAGAUCUCUGCAGCCGUCCAGCAGCUGUCCGCUGAUAAGCGCCAGUUUAUUACAUCGAUAG